AUGGCGGCGCCCGUCGUGCCGGAGAGCGACAGCUCUUCAGAACAACGUCGGGGGAACGAAAUAAAAGCCAUAACGAACGGCAUGAUACGGAGUGAUGCUUGUUGCGGCCCGCUGCGCUCGUUGCUUGGCCUUUUGCACAAACUCCUUCUCUACCCUCGCGAGUGUUGUCCGCCGGAUUUGUUUUUCGCUUUGCAAAAAGCCAGUGAUCACACACUCGAGCGAGACAUUGGUUAUUUAUUUCAGAAUUGUGCUGAAAGUACCUUCAGUGAAGAGGAGGAAGAAAAACUUCAAAUAGCUUUUUCAUUGGAAAAACAGGAUCUUCAUCUGGUUCUUGAAACUAUAUCAUUCAUUUUGGAGCAGGCAGUCUAUCACAAUUUGAAGCCUGCUUCAUUGCAACAGCAGCUACAGAGCAUUCACCUGGAUCAAGACAAAGCCGAAGCAUUUGCUAGUGCAUGGGCAGCUGGAGGUCAAGAUACGAUUGAAAAGUUCAGGCAGAGGGUUUUGACCCCUCAGAAGCUGGAAACAAUUGGAUGGCAACUUAAUCUUCAAAUGGCCGAGUCCAUGCAAGCAAAGCUGAAGUCUCCUCAAGCUGUGCUAGAGCUGGGAGUGAGCAAUGAAGAUUCAAAGAACCUGAAGAAAGUGUUUGUAGAAUUCAGCCAUCAGGAGCUAUUUGAGUUCUACAAUAAGCUGGAAACUAUACAAGCACAGCUGGAUUCCCUUACGUGAUGUUUUUGAAGACUUAUUUCUCCAUCAUGCUCCUGCCACCUCAUUAUUUUGAAUUGAAGAUAGAUUGCCAAGCUGUGUUUCCUGAAUGAUUCAGCGAGCUGCUUCUUGUAAAAUUAUAUGGCUUAUCUGCUUUUUAGACCAAUGCUAUUAGCCAAGAGUCUUUGUUGAGGGUCUGAAGAUUCUAAUGGACUUUCUCUUGUUUGCUUAGCAGUUGUGAAAAAUUUCCUAAAGUCUUCUUUGCUUGCAGUGGGGAAACCCUCUGCCCAAACCCUCCCCCCCUAAAAGAAUGCUACCCUGCUCCAGAAAUAUUUUUUUUCAUUCUAUUAUGCUUGUUACUUGAUUCUGAUAGAAAUUUGCAUAUUAGUGAGAGACCAGGAAAAAACCCCUUUUUCCAGACAUAAAUGUAGAAAUUUUAAGAAAAUACACAGCUAAUAAAAUCUCUAUACUUUUCCAGUAUUAUUCACACACAACUGAUAAUGCUUCUAGCAGAUUUGUCAAAAUAAAUUCAGAAUUUUAAAAGCUUAUUUUUGGGCUAGUCAAACUUCAUUUUGUUAUCUUUGUUGUAUUUUAGUUUGGUGUGGUAUUUUUCAUUGAUAUAAUCAACAAUGACUCUGAUUUCAGUAUUUACUCUUGGCACUGAAAAUAAACAUGGCUUCUUAGCACUGGAGGCCCACUAAUGAAUCUAAGAAGUGUAGUGUAUUAAUGAGGGGCGAAAUCUCAGAGUGUGAAACAAAAAAUACUUUAACGACGUGACAGGUUUCUGAAAUCUAUGUUGAUCCUAACUCAUGCUGUUUUUACCACCAGUGUUUUCACACUGAACAGGAAAAAUUGAAGUAUAGUUAUUAAAGGCCAAGUUAGUCAUACUUUCACCCAUUAGUUCCAGAUGAUUCAUGAGCAGCAGGAGAAAGGUAAAAGUCAUCUUGGUUCUUGUUUGUUGCUGUUUGUUGACAGGCAACUUCAUUUCUGCGCAGUAUAUGACUCUGGGCUUUGGGCUUAUAGAAGGUGAGAGGAAAUUUGCUUGUUCAGAGAUUUAAGAUUUUUUUCUUCAUGAUGCCCACAUCCUGGUGCCUACAUCCUGAUGCCAACCAGACCGUUUCCUUCUGUAGCUUGUUUGCUCAUGACUGUAGAUAUAAGUACAAUCAAAAUGUAUGUUUUGAAUAGCUGGUUCUCCUGAAUAGUUUAGGUCCUCCUGUGCCAGAUUUCCUGCUUUGUUGCUUUUGGAGAACCUUUUUGUUGCCUUUGUUGUUAAGGAUUGUGCUGUCAACUCUAGAAUACUGUGAGGUUUGCACAAGUUAUCCAAGCUGAAAAUUAAUAGAUUCAGAUGAUAAAGCCAUUAACAGCCUAUAUGUGAGUAAAGGGCACUGAAGAGAAAACACACAUUUAGCAUGCUUAGCUCUGAAAGGAAAUGCCAAAUGAUAUUCUGCCAGUCUGGUACAGUAACACUGUUACCCCUGGAAGAAGAAACGAGUCACCAUUGCACAGCAGAAUAUGCUCAGCUAUCCACUAUAUCUUGUGAGCUGGCUUCCAAAACCACGUCUUGUCAUAAGCCCCCGGCAAACAUGCCAUAUCUUCUGGAGAUACAGUGCUCCCACCCACAGAUGUCACAUCCUUGGCCGGGCUGUUCAACAAGAGCUUGCCAGCUUGUCAUCUCACACUGCACAGACUGGUGCAUGUCUGCAGGUGGACACAUCCCCACCAUUCCCCCUGCUUGCUGACAGCAGCAGUGCUUUGCAGUUAGUGCAGCUGAGGGAAUCCUCUCCUGCAUGACAUGUCUUCUCUACCAGUCCAGUGGCACACUGUGCUUUGUGCAAGAACACUGCGCUUGAGCCUGUUCACUUAUGUUCUGGAAGUCAGGUACAAAGUGAAUUCAGACUUACCUGUGUGGAGUUGUGUGAGGAGUUUAAGUUACCUUUGUGAAUGUAGGCAGUGAUUGAUGAAUCCUGGAGGAGGAGGUGAAGGCUGGACUAGUUUGGGGAGCAAGAGCCAUUGGACAAAUCAGCAGGCACAUCUGAAAAAAAGGAAGUCAGAGUGGGAAGAAUGGGGCACAAGAAAAAGGAAGGAGAGAGCAGAGAAACGGAUAUUCCCAAGGAUAGAAUCUGGAUAUUGGAAAACACCAGGAAGAUAGUAGAAACACUGGAAAAGAUGACAGAAGUAUAUAUACAAAGAAAAUAUUAAGCAGAGGGGGAGAAAACCUUAUAGAAGAGUGAGAGGGAAAAUGGGGAAUCAAAGUAAACCAGAAUUAACUGUGGAAACUAGCCAGUUGUAAAAUUGCAUCUAGUAUUUCAAACUAACCCAGAAGUGUCAACCUUGGUGCAAAGUUGGCCAAGAUCAAAGUGUGGGAUAAUGAAAAGCAGAUUUUAAAUCUAGCCUUAAUAGGAAAUA